AUGAAUUGCACUUAUCAUAUUCAAAAUCAAGUAUAAAUGAUAUGUCUGGCUCAUCACAAGUGUCAAAUGAAAUUGUGUGCUGAAUGUACUGAGGAACAUGGAGUGGAUUUUAAAUAAAUAGUUUCAAUAAAAAAAUUUUAAGAAAUGAUGAGAAAGAAAUUUGAAGAAUCUAAAGUUGAUCCUUCAUAAGAAAUAUCCAAAAAGAGAUUAAAUUUUAAAUAAAUGCUUUCUUCAACUCUAAAAAUGUUAAAAUAAAUUUGGGAUGAAUUGGCAGAAUCAAUAAAAUGGACAUAUGAUUUGAUUGAGAUGUAAGAUAAAUCUUAUAUCAAUUACAUUAACAACAAUGUGAAUCCUGUAGAAUUGGCCAAUACUGACUUAGAAAAGUUAGUUUAAAUUAUUAUAGGAAAACAAUUAGAUGAUUGGAAUAUUCAGAAAAAUUCUUAAUUGAAGAGGUUGGAAAUGACAAAGCAAUAUUGGGAAAUGGAAACUAAGGGGUUUUGGGAAAAAUUAAAUAAAGAAAUGAAGGAGAUUAAAUAAUUAAUUAAAAAGACUGAUAAUUCUUUAGAAAAAAUUAAAUAAUUAAAAGAAAUAAAGUAAGUAUAUUACAAAAAGGAGGAUUUCUAUUAAGUGUUGACUUAGACUAAGUAUUUUGAUGGAACCUAUCUUAAUUAGUUGCUUUAAAUUCUGAGAAAUUAGAAAAUUACUAAAUGUUUAGAGUUCUUUAAAAAUUAAACUGAGUUGAAAUUUAUCGCUUCUAUGAUUUAAAAUAUUAGUGAAAUAGACUUUAAUAAAAAGAAUUAAUCAACUGAGAACUGUGAAUAAAUUAGAUGGGAUUUGGUUAAAAAAAUAUCUUAUGAUUAAUAUAUAAUUGAAUUUUUGAAAUUUCUAGUUCAAUUGACAGCAAUUGAUGAGAAAUUUAUUUAAUGUGGAUCGAAUGCAAUCAAUUUAUUAGUCGAAAUGAAAGUGGAUUUGAGAUCAUAAAGCUUUGAGAAUAUAAGGAUUAAAGAUACUUCAUUAAUUGGUGGAAAUUUUGUAAGAUGUAAUUUCACUGGAUCAGAAUUUGAAAAUGUAGAUAUAAGUGGAAUAAACUUGAAUUAAGCUUAAUUAUUAAAUUGUAAAUGGAAAAACAUCAAAAUACAUGAAUUAAAUAAAUUAGAUGGUCAUUCUGGUUAUGUUUUAUCAGUCAAUUUCUCUCCUGAUGGUACUACAUUAGCAUCCAGUAGUUCAGAUAACUCCAUCCGUUUAUGGGAUGUUAAGACAGGAAUAUAAAAAGCUUAAUUAGAUGGUCAUUCUAGUUAUAUUAAUUCAGUAAAUUUCUCUCCUGAUGGUACUACUUUAGCAUCUGGUAGUGAUGAUAAGUCUAUCCGUUUAUGGGAUAUUAAGACAGGAAUAUAAAAAGCCAAAUUAGAUGGUCAUUCUGGUUGUGUUAUGUCAGUUAAUUUCUCUCCUGAUGGUACUACAUUAGCAUCUGGUAGUUAUGAUAAAUCGAUCCGUUUAUGGGAUGUUAAUACAGGAUAAUAAAAAGCCAAAUUAGAUUGUCAUUACGAUACGAUUAAUUCAGUUAAUUUUUCUUCUAAUGGUACUACAUUAGCAUCUGGUAGUUAGGAUUCAAUACUUUUAUGGGAUGUUAAGACAGAAUAAUAAAUAGCAAAAUUAGAUGGUCAUUCUCGUUGUGUUAAUUCAAUUUGUUUCUCUCCUGAUGGUACGACAUUAGCAUCAGGUAGUGAUGAUAACUCUAUCCGUUUAUGGGAUGUUAUUACAGGUUAAUAAAUAGGCAAAUUGGAUGGUCAUUCAAUGGGUGUAAAUUCAGUCAAUUUUUCUCCUGAUGGUACUAUAUUAGCAUCAGGUAGUAGGGAUAACUUUAUCCGUUUGUGGGAUGUUAAAACAAAAUAAUAUCAAGCAAAAUUAGAUGGUCAUUCUGGUUAUGUUAUGUCAGUCAAUUUCUCUUCUGAUGGAACUACACUAGCGUCGGGUAGCUAGGAUAACUUUAUCCGUUUAUGGGAUGUAAAGACAGGAUAAUAUAAAGCCAAAUUAGAAGGUCAUUCCGGUUAUGUUAUGUCAGUCAAUUUUUCUUCUGAUGGUACUACAUUAGCAUCUGGUAGUUAUGAUAAAACGAUCCGCUUAUGGGAUGUUAAUACAGGAUAAUAAAAAGCUAAAUUAAAUGGACAUGAAAGUAGAGUAUAUUCAGUAAAUUUCUCCUCUGAUGGGACUACAUUAGCUUCUGGUAGUUUUGAUAGCUCCAUCCUUCUAUGGGAUGCUAAGACAGGAGAAUAAAAAGCAAAACUUGAUGGUCAUUCUUGUUGUGUUAAUUCAAUUUGUUUCUCUCCUGAUGGUACGACAUUAGCAUCAGGCAGUGAUGAUAACUCUAUCCGUUUAUGGGAUGUUAUGACAGGUUAAUAAAUAGGCAAAUUAGAUGGUCAUUCAAAUUGUAUUAAUUCAGUAAAUUUUUCUCCUGAUGGUACUACAAUUGCAUCUGGUAGUUCAGAUGACUCAGUUCGUUUAUGGGAUGUUAAGACAGGAUAAUAAAAAGCCAAACUAAAUGGUCAUUUAAACUGUGUUUAUUCAGUAAAUUUCUCUCCUGAUGGUACCACAUUAGCCUCUGGUAGUAGGGAUUACUCUAUCCGUUUAUGGGAUGUUAAAACAGGAUAAUAAACAGCCAAAUUAGAUGGACACUCAAGCACAGUUACUUCAGUCAAUUUCUCUCCUGAUGGUACUACAUUAGCAUCUGGUAGCUGGGAUUACUCUAUCCGUUUAUGGGAUGUUAAAACAGGAUAAUAAACAGCCAAAUUAGAUGGUCAUUCAAAUUCAGUUUAUUCAGUCAGUUUCUCUCCUGAUGGUACCACAUUAGCAUCUGGUAGUGUUGAUAACUCAUUCCGUUUAUGGGAUGUUAAGAAAGGAGACCAGAAAGCCUAAUUAGAUGGACAUUCAAGCACAGUUACUUCAGUCAAUUUCUCUCCUGAUGGUACUACAUUAGCAUCUGGUAGCUGGGAUUACUCUAUCCGUUUAUGGGAUGUUAAAACAGGAAAAUAAACAGCCAAAUUAGAAGGUCAUUAAAAUUGUGUUAAUUCAGUCAAUUUUUCUUUUGAUGGUACAACAUUAGCAUCUGGUAGUUCAGAUGAUUCUGUUCGUUUAUGGGAGGUUAAGACAGGAUAAUAAAAAGCCAAAUUAGAUGGUCAUUCAAUGGGUGUUAAUUCAGUCAAUUUCUCUCCUGAUGGUACUACAUUAGCAUCAGGUAGUAGAGAUAGCUUUAUCUGUUUGUGGGAUCUUAAGACAGGAUAAUUAUAAGUCAAAUUAGCUGGCCAUUCCUCAGCUGUUUUUUCAGUCAAUUUCUCACCUAAUGGAAUUUUAUUAGCAUCUGGUAGUUUUGAUAACUCAAUUCGUUUAUGGGAUGUUAAGACAGGAUAAUAAAACGCAAAAUUAGAUGGUCAUUCAGGAACUGUUUAUUCAGUCAUAUUCUCUCCUGAUGGUACUACAUUAGCAUCUAGUAGUUUGGAUUAGUCCAUCCGUUUAUGGAAUGUAAAGACAGGAUAAUAAAAAGCGCAAUUAAAAGGUCAUUCUAGCUCAGUUAUAUCAGUCAAUUUCUCACCUUAUGGUUCUACAUUAGCAUCUGGUAGUGAUGAUAACUCUAUUUAUUUAUGGGAUGUUAAAACUGGAUUAUAAAUAGCCAAAUUAAAUGGUCAUUCAAAUUGUGUCAAUUCAGUCAGUUUCUCUCCUGAUGGUACUAUAUUAGCAUCUGGUAGUUAUGAUAACUCUAUCCGUUUAUGGGAUGUUAAGAGAGGAUAAUUAAAAGCCAAAUUCGAUGGUCAUUUAUCAACAGUUUAUUCAGUCAAUUUCUCUCCUGAUGGUACUACAUUAGCAUCUGGUAGUAUUAAUAACUCCAUCCAUUUUUGGGAUGUUAAGACAGGAUAAUUAAAACUGAAAUUGGAUGGUCGUUCAUCAACAGCUUAUUCAGUCAAUUUCUCUCCUGAUGGUACUACAUUAGCAUCUGGUAGUGGAGAUUAAUCUAUUCACUUAUGGGAUUUUAAGACAGGAUAAUUAAAAGCCAUAUUAGAAGGUCAUUCAAAUGGAAUUCAAUCAGUCAAUUUCUCUCCUAAUAGUACUAUUUUAGCAUCUGGCGGUUGGGAUUGCUCAAUUUGUUUAUGGGAUGUUAUUACAGGAUAAUUAAUAACCAAAUUAGAAGGUCAUUCUUCAACAGUUUAUUCAGUCAAUUUCUCUCCUAAUGGUACUAUAUUAGCAUCUGGUAGUGGAGAUUGCUCCAUCCGUUUAUGGGAUGUUAAGGUAGGAUAAUAAAUUGCAAAAUUAAAUGAUCAUUCAGGUUAUGUUACUUCAGUCAAUUUCUCGCCUGAUGGUAAUACAUUAGCAUCUGGUGGUCAUGAUAACUCUAUUCGUUUAUGGGAUGUAAAGACUGGAUAAUAAAUAGUCAAAUUAGAUGGUCAUUCAUCAUUUGUUACUUAAGUCAAUUUCUCUCCUGAUGGCACAACAUUAGCAUCUGGUAGUUAUGAUAAAUCGAUCCGUUUAUGGGAUGUUAUAACAGGAUAAUAAAAAGCCCAACUCGAUGGUCAUUAAUCAACAGUUUAUUCAGUUAAUUUCUCUCCUGAUGGUACUACUUUAGCAUCUGGUAGCGGAGAUUAAUCUAUCUGCUUGUGGGAUGUUACCACAAGCAACUCACUUUUGCCUUCAAAAAUUUGUAAUUUCCCAUCACUUCAACUUCCAACCCUCCAAAAUUCAGUUUUUCCAAAUAUUGGUUUUUAUUUUAUAUUAUUAUUUAGCUACUUACAAUAUUACAAUUCUUUUGAUAUCCCAAUAGCUACUAUUUUAAUCAUCAUAAGCUUUAAUUUUGUAAGGAGAAUUUCUUAACCAAUCUGGUAUAGAUUUAAAGACAUUAUUUAAAUAAAAAGGAAGUUACAUUUUAGAAGGCGAAUUUAAAGAGAAGUAAUUAUAAAAUUGA